AUGGAAGAAAUGAAAUAAAAUUAUCUCGAUAGGUAUUACAUAAUAAUUGUAUAAUUAGAUUAAAUAAUCUUCAUUAAUUUCUGUAUUGUGAAUUACCAUUAAAAUUGAUGAAUCAUAAUGAGGAUGAAGUAAAUUGAAAUUAAAUAUUAGACUUGUAUUGAUUUGUAAAAUCGAUUGUAUACAUUAAUAGAAACUGGAUAUAUAAAGGAAACAGAAUAAUAAUUAUAAUAACUAAUAGAAGAGAACUAUAAAUUGCAUAAUAAGGAGAAUGAUAAAUAAUUAAUUAAUGGUCUUUCUACUUCAGAAGCUAGAUAUGUUAAAUAAAUAGCUGAGUUAUAACAUCAAAGGGAUCUUUUAUAAGAUGAAUUAGAUGAAAAAAACUUCAUCUUAAAUUAAAUUCAAUCUAAAAUGGAAAAGUUUGAAUUAUUAUCAGAUAACUUAAUUAAAGCUGAAUAAGCAAUUAAAGAAUUAUCAGAUGAGAAUAUAGAAAUAAGUUAAUAAUUAUAAUAUGAAUAAGAAAUGAAUUAACAAUAUAAAAAUUAAAUAGAAGAACUGUAAUAAGUAGUAAUGAAUAAGGAAACACCAAAACAUAGGAACAUCUCGCCUUCUCAACUCUAUUAAUUGCAUGAAUAGAUAGGAUCAUUAAGAAUUGAAUUAUCAGGAUUAUAAGCUGAAGUUAAGAUAAGAGUACAAAUUUUAGAAUAAUUCAGAACUCAAUUAAUGAGUGAUUUGGUCAAAGGAUUUCAUACUAUGUUAUCAAAAACUAAAUAGGAAUUAUAAGCUGAAACUAUUGAAGUGAAAAAGCAACAUUAAUAAUUAAAUGAAGUGAAUACUUAAUAGAUUAAUAAAUUAAGGAAAGAUGUGUAAUUUUAUAAAGUCUUAGAAGAAGAAUAUUAAAAUAAAAUUAAAGAAGUAUUAAAUUAGAAAUCUGAAUUAGAAUCUAGUAUUAAAUUAAAAGAUGAAUAAUUAUAAGAUAUAGCAAGUAAAUUGGAUCUAAUAUAAUAAAAUAUUGAAUAAACUGAAUAAAAUUUUUAAAAUUAAUUGAUUUAAGCAAUCAAUUCAAAAGAAAAAUAUAAAAUUUAAUUAAAAAAUGCUAAAUAGGGAUUAUAAACUUUAACAGAUAAAGUUUAGUCUUUAUUAUAAUUUAAUUAAAAAUAAAUGAAGUUUAUUGAGGAUAAUAUCUCAUUACUUGAAUAAAGAAUAAGAGAAGAAAAUCAAGAACUUAUUGAUGGAUUAAGUUAGGAAUUAAAUUUAAGUAUAGAAACAAUUAAAAAAUAACAUACUAGUAUCAGAUAACUAGAAUUAUAAUGUUUAAAAUCUAAUUUUUAAAAAGUAGACCCAAUAAAUAAAGUAACAGAAUAAUAUAGAUAAUCAGAAAAUAUUAACAAACAUUUAGAUAUUGAGAAUCUUAAAAAUGAUAGUUCAUUUAUUGGUGAAAGAUAUAUGUAUUAGAGAACAGGUAGAUUGGAUGAAUAAAGAAAAUAUUUAGAUGAUUUAAAAUAAUUACACAGAACAACUAAAUCUUAAUUAAAAUUGAAUAGAAAAUAUUGA